AGAGCUGCUGCGGGAGGCGGAAGCAGCAGGAGGCGAAGACGCGGAAGUGCUGCCCGCUGCGGCGGUCGCGGAAGGGGUGCAUGAAGGGCAAGGGCGGGCCGGAGAACCAGCGCUGCCCCUUUCGCGGCGUCCGCCAGCGCACCUGGGGCAAGUGGGUGGCCGAGAUCCGCGAGCCCAACCGCGGCGCCCGCCUCUGGCUCGGCACCUUCAACACCGCCCUCGACGCCGCCCGCGCCUACGACUCCGCCGCCAGGGCGCUCUACGGUGACUGCGCCCGCCUCAACCUCCUCGUCGCCGCCGCCGGCCACACUAGUACUCAGCAGCAGCAGCACAUGAUCAGCAGCAGCGCUGCUACUACUACUACUACUAUAAUUGGCAGCAAGCAUGAGUCCUGCAGCAGCAACGACUCCAACUCGCCGUCGCCCAUGCCCAUGCUGCUGGCCGACUAUGGCGGGGUGAUGAUGCAUCCGGCCGAGGAGGAAGAGGACUUCGAGACGUACGUGACGCGGCUCCCCAAGGCGGAGGACUUUGGGCUGGAGGGCUUCCAGGAGGUGCCCCUCGACGUCCUCGACGAAGCCGGCGGUGGCAUCAGCAUCUGGGACCUCUCCAUCUGCCCCGCCGACAUCAUGGCCGCCGCCGCCACCAUGAUGCGAUACAUGAGCUGCUGGGGAUACUCGAAGGGUACAUUCAUUUGA